AAACGCCCCACACAGAGAGCCUCCUUUUGUCAUGGAAAUAAAGUGUCUGCCUCUCAUUCACACAUGAGUUUCUGUAAUGCGAAGAAGUCGAGCACGCAGCGAGACUCAACACUGCUGAGAGAAGUUACGAGUGGAGGAGGACGCAAAAGCGGAGUCUUGGAGAGACACUUUGGAUAAGUUGAAAUUCUGAAUGAGGGCAUUUGUUUAGUCAGAUUGAUGCGGUAUUGCUGAUACGGUCACCAUGUUCGCCUCUGCACGGUGCGCGGUUGUGUUCGGGCUGCUGUGCGCUGCGCUCUCCGCGGGCGCAUCGGUGUGUCCGGCGGGCUGCGAGUGUUCGGAAGCCGCGCUCACGGUCAAAUGCGUCUCCAAAGAUCUGCGGGACAUACCGAGCGGCAUCCCGAGCUACACCAGAAACCUCUUCAUCACCGGAAACCACAUCAGCCAGAUCGGACCCGAAUCUUUCCAAGGACUGGAGAACGUGACGAAUUUGUCACUGGCUAACAACAGGAUCUCUGAGGUGAAGUCUCACACAUUUUCCAAACUGCGCAGCCUCAGAUCGCUGGACCUCAGCAACAACCAGCUGGCCAUCAUCCAUCCUGAGGCGUUCACCGUCCAGAGCCGUAUGCUGAGGGAGCUCAACCUCAGUCGGGCUCUUUACAACCAUUCGUCCGUCAUUGAUCUAGCCACCUCUCUUCGCUGGAGCAGCCUGGCUGACCUGCUGGGACUGGACCUGUCCAGUAAUGGCCUUGUCUACUUGCCCCCAGGCAUCUUUUGCCACCUUGUCGGCCUGCGGCGCCUUCAGCUUGGCAACAACUCUAUAGUGUCCAUCCACAACGGGACAUUUACAGGACUGGAUCGCCUCCAGGAACUCGACCUUACACACAACGCCCUCAGGACCCUGCGCGAAGAGGCUCUAAAAGAGCUAGAGCACUUGGGUUCGGUGAGGCUCCACCUGGCGGAGAAUCCGUACACCUGCACGUGCGACAUCGAGCCUUUCGCCGCCUGGCUGAACGGCUCACGGGCGCAAGUGGUGGACGUCGAGCGCCUGGCGUGCGCGUUCCCGGUCGCCUUGCAGAACACGUCGCUACUGACGGUAGGAGAACUGGAGUUGGGUUGCCAUAAGGCAGGAGAGGGUGACAAUCUCGCAUUGCAGACUUCCUACGUGUUUCUGGGUCUCGUGCUGGGAUUUGUCGGUCUCAUGUUUCUCUUUGUGCUCUACCUAAACCGCAAAGGUAUAAAAAAGCGAAUCUACGACAUGCGAGACGCAUGCCGGGAAGUCUGGGAAGGGUACCACUACCGAUACGAGAUCGACUCCGAUCCCAGGCUGUCGCAAGUCUCUACAACAGCUGAUGUGUGAGCUCUUUUCAAAUGGAGCUUGUUAUAUGAACUAGUUUUCUAUUGCAUUUAUACUUGGAACAUGUCCAUUUGUGUUGGGGGGGUAAUGCAUUACAAGUUACGUAAUCAGAUUACUUUUUAAAGUAACAAGUAAAGCAAUGCAUUACUUUAACAUUUACAAUGAAGUUACUUUGCUUUCUUAUUUAUUCACUGACACCUCUCCAAUCCACAUGCUGAGAGAAACUGGGAGUAAGAGCAAUGGCACUUCCUUUAACCUUCCACUUUUGGUGUGAAAGCAACAGUUGAAAAAAAAAGAAACAUUCUUUUUUUCGGUUAUUAAAAAACAAAUCAGCAAGCCCAGCCCAGGUGACAAAAGUAAUUCAAAAGUAACGGAAUGCUUUGCUUUCCAUAAAAAGUAACUAAGUAAUGCAAUCAGUUACUUUUUAUGGAGUAAUGCAAUAUUGUAAUGCAUUACUUUUACAAGUAACUCUCCCCAACUGGUGGCAUAUUUAAGUAGGCACAUUUGUUGUGAAAAGCAUGUACUGCCUGUCUCGUUGAAGCCUUUAUAACAAGCACACCUCCCCCUCAAGUCUGCAGAGAAUUGGCCCCGAGAUGCAUUUGCUUCUCAAUCAUCAUGGGAUGUUUGAGGAUUAGCCCAAUAAAGGGGCAGAAGCCAUAAAGUAACUCUGACCACCAUCAACAAACUCCCUGCUACUCUCCAUUGUCCCGUACUGGAAUAUUGCCCACCUCUCUGGUGCUCAAGUGCCUUGUUAGUUGGAUCUAAGAGGCUGACCAGCUUCAAAAGGGGAUGAAUCUUAUAUCUCUAUACAUGUGUACUGUGCGUUUGUAAGGAAUGUUUUGAGGACCGUUUUAUUGCAUGCACCUUCAGCCCUGUUUUUAUGGAAGUGAAUGCAGUUUUUGCAUGUCGGACCCCCAAGCAACUGAAUUAGCAGCCUUCUAUGGUCCUUUCUGUCCCUCUAUCCACAGGGAGUCUGCGAAGAAUGUGCCGGAUUUUCUCUCCAAAAGCAUUCCAGCAGGAGGAUAACCUCCUCUAAGCUCUAGAAGGAGGAUCUUUUGAAGAAACAGACCCGGUUUGAAGAAAUCUCCGGCUGCUGCUUUUUUUUUUUCGUUCAAAAGAGACGUUUUGCUUUGUUUUUAUUCCACUCAUUUUUAUUGUCAGAAUGAUGAGAACCAGCCCUUACGAGGGCCGCUAAGCGAGACCCCUCCUCCGUCAAGCCUGUUUGCUCUUUGAAGACUCAGUCUGGCUCAGUUCCUCAUAUGUUCCCCAGCUUUUUCUGUUUAAGGGACUUUACGGUGAUAAGAUACAGAUGAUGCUGGGGCCGUUGUGCUGAACGGUCCCCUGCUCUACUUCUGAGUACUGUUUCCAAAUGUGUAAGACUGAAAAGAAAUAUCCUUGAUGUGUUGUGCCAAUGUGCUGGACUUCACUUCACUGUCUGGAUAAUAUGCUUUUAUGCAGUGUAUGUUUGUCAAAAGACUAUUUAGUCUUUGAGUGAACCUCACAAAGACAGUCAGGAAAUUUCUUGUGUAAAUGAAUUUGUAUUUCACCCUAUCAAAAGGGAAAAAUAAAUAUUUUGCAUAAACACAAAGGGUGUUUUUUCUUGCUUUUCAUUUUGCAUUGUGACAUUAUUUUAAUGCAUUAUUUUAAUGUGACCCUGGACCACAAAACCAGCCUUAAGUAGCACAAUAGACAAAAAUGGGUCAGAAUUAUACAUUUUUCUUUUAUGCCAAAAAUCAUUAGGAUAUUAAGUAAAGAUCAUAUUCCAUGAAGCUAUUGUGUAAACUUCCUAGCAUAAAUAUAUCAAAACUUAAUUUUUGAUUAGUAAUAUGCAUUGCUAAGAACUUCAUUUGGACAACUUUAAAGGCGAUUUUCUCAAUAUUUUGAUUUUUUUUGCACCCUCAGAUUGCAGAUUUUCAAAUAGUUAGCUUAUUUAUUCAGCUUUCGGGUAAAUCUCAAUUUCAAAAAAGUUGACGCCUAUGACUGGUUUUGUGGACCAGGGUCACAUAUUCUAAUUAAAAAUAUAUAGUAAUGGCACAGUGCAACAUUAUAUAUGUAUUAUGCAGAUUUAUUUUCAUUUGGAGUGGAACUGCAUAUAUCUUUGUGAGAUUCACCCAUGUCAACAACGUUCUGGAUUGAGAAUUGUCAUCUGUGGAAAAUCAUCAUAUCUUUGCUUGCAAUGAAAGCAUCUUUGUGCCUGAUGAACUAUUCAAAAUGAUGAUAUUUGGUAUAUGAAACUUCAUCGGAAUUUGGACCGUCUUCCAUUGUGCUUUUAUAGCUUUAUACUCAUGUAUUAUUCAUUAUAUUCAAAUGAACCUUUCUCUAAAGAGGUAAGGAAAACCUUUUAAGUGGGAUGCCAAAAGCAAAAUGUUUACUCAUGAAUUUAUCAGGUAUCUAGCGCAGAACAACACUUUUGUGGAUGUGUCAUGCAUCGCAUGGACAAAUAAAUGGUCUUUCUUCAGGGCAAAGUUUAUUUUGCAUGCUAA